AUGGUCUGUCUCCUUCGUUCACGGCGGAAGCACUUUUAUCGGUAUUCUGUUUUGGUUUGGGCCAACCUGUGUUGGUUGGUACAUUUUACCAUUUUCCGGACAUUGUCUUUGAGCUUUCAUGUUUAACAUGAACAAUCGGGAAUACAGUAUUGAACAAAAUAUUUGUCUACAACCCGCACGAACGUUUCGAUCAGAGCAUAAUUUGAAAAUAAAGCUUUUCUUUCAAAAUCUAAAUCUUCAGAUUAUGAGCUUUUUUUGCAGAGCUACUUUCUUUCUUCGCCGAAAGGCGUGUCAAAUUUUGAUUUGAAAAAAAAUGAAUAGAAGGGCCCGCUGCAGUCUCUACUUUCUCAGUAUCCUUACGCGUACUGACACGCCUUGUUCCUCAUCUCAACAGGCUUGCAGACAGACAUCUUCUAGCGCUUCUCGUCUACUUUCAUCUCUAGUAUUGCACAUUCGGUCGUAAUCGCAAAUAGUAUUUCGUUCAUAUCUUCAGGCGUCAGCUCGCUAAUGGUACGUUAGUGUCGUGGUCCGAUUCGGUAGUUUGCAUCACUCUCGUUCUUGCUCGGUCGUGCUUCUUUUCGUGCGCUCUUCCGAACAGACGAGUGCGAAUGUUUCCAGAUGAUAUGGUUAUUUCCGUCGGUCUGGUGACCUUUCAGCACAUUUCGUCCAAAUCGUUGUUUAUCGGUCUUCUGGUCGUAUUGCAAAGCGUGCGUUAUACUUCGUUCACCAGAAUGUUGAUACGACACUUGAAGAAUCAAGUCCCGUCUACUAAUCUUCGGUUAUCGUUAUUUUGAUGUUGUACUCCGUCUUUAGCUACAGGUGCUACAUAAGAAAGUAGAACUAGAAGUGUUGGUGUCUUUGAGAUGAAUAUGAAAAGUGGUAACCCCAUGAAGAUGUUGGACUCCCUAUAUGAGAAAGGACUAGGACAUGAUACUCCUGCUACAUCAACAACUCCCGACUACAACCGCGAGUGUUUUUAUCCAGUACAACUACUUCCGUUUUGAAUAGAGUCAAGGUCGCUUUUAGUACAUUUUCUCAAUUCAUCACAGCUCGAAGAGGAUGAUGGGCAUGAUGGGCGGCGACGGCGGUGACGGCGAGAUCCAGCGGAUUUCCUUCGUUGGUUUCGGCUACAUCGAGCAAUGCAGACUACUGUGCACGUGGAACAGCUCGUACUGUGGGCCGAGCAGUGAGGACGCCCGCGUGCCCACGUUUAAAAAGCUACUCGACGCCGCGGACAAGCGAAUGACGCCCGGCCAGCGACAGAAGCUCGCGUGGCAGGGGAGCACGGUGUACUGCGUAAAGGAUUUCCCCGACGGGAAGAUGUGCUACAUAGUCCUCAUCAUGGACGACCCAGACGACGAGUACCCGGAGCGCAUCGCCUACCAGUUCCUGAGCGAAUUGAAAAAGCUCGUCGAGGAACAGCUCUUCAACGGAAAGUUAGAUCAGGACCUGAAAAGAGACGGCGACGACGUUCUCAGUGACACGCUCGCCUACGACAUAACGCAACUGGCGAUCAAAUUCGACGACCACAACUCCUACGAUAAACUCUCACGCAUCACCAAAAAAACGGCCGCGGUGAAACAGGUACAGAGAAAGAGAGCAGAGUCGAAUUGCUUAGAGUAGUGGUAGUCUUCAUCAGGUGACACAAGUAAUUUUGGUUGUAUGCGUCUGCAUGCGACGUUGGGAACAAUAUCGAUAUAUUCAAAGUCCACUACCCUCCUAUUGUCCAUGAUCAUGACGCAGUGUUGAUAUGAUCCGCAUUUUGUAAGCACGAAUGGUAACAAACGGCAAAAAUCAAACAGGUGGUGCGAACCAACAUCGGGGAGAUGUUGAAGCACACAGAGAAUCUGAACGUCCUCGACGAGCAGGCUACCGCCAUGGAAGCGGAGGCCAUGGAUUACGACGAGGCCGCGGAGGAAAUAAAGGAAUACUUCUGGUGGAAGGACUGCAAGGUGACCAUAGUACUGUUUUGCGUUGGUAUCAUCGUCAUCGUCAUCGUCGGGUUCUGUAUAUACAGCAAUUUCAAAUAGGGAAGUAAAUGGCGAAAAACUAGUCCGGAAGUAGAAGUUCUCUGCUGAAUACUUCAAUUCUGUGGUCUACUUCUUAGGUGAAGGUGAUAUUGACCCUCUCAACAUCGGUCCGUCCGCUUCUUAUAGAAUCUCGAAAACAUAGACCCACUUUUGUUUCGUAAGUACAAGGUGCAGCUACGCGGCUUGUGCUAUAGCUGCAAUUACAGUUUCGCUAUCGCAUCAAGCCGGAACUGUAACAAUUGGAGACUGCUUCACCAGUAGAAAAACCAAAAGAUGUGUUGUCACUUUCAUCAUACACAUUCUGCCAACCCAAAGAAUUUUUUUUCUGAUAUGCAAAAACAGACCCGAUCUCAAUCUCCCAAAACCAUAGAGGUAGAAAAAACACAAAUAACAGAUUUAGAUUCAUUUUCCACAUGGCUCAAAAGAUCAUAAUUAUGACUCUGUUGUUUCCUACUCCACCGUUUCAUGACCUUUCUUUGUUGAAAAGCAAUUGUAACCCAAUGCAUCGGAGCGAACAUAAUAAAUUACAUCCUCACCUCGUCCACAGUAACAUCCGAAAGGUCCGAUGGACUGCCAAAAAACGGGUUCCCGACCCUGAUCGAUUGCCAAAAAACGUUGUUGCCCCACGAGCGAGGGUGAGACCUCGUCCUCCUCCUCCACCUUCUUAAUAUUGUGCAUUGCUGCAACAGAUUCGGUGCUGUCCUCGUUGCGACUUCCUCGUGGUGCUGGCAUUAGUUUCCUUGCUCCUCGUUGCUGCCAGCUCUGUCGUGUCUCUUGCAUUACCCUCCGCGUGCGAUCGGUUGUUGUCGUUUCUUACAUAAACUAAAGCCGUGAAAUGAAGAACUUAUCGGUUUCGUCCCCGUCCAAAAUUCUUUUCGUCCUCUCAGUCUUCGUCGUAGCUACAAGGUUCGAUGCUAGCUUGCCUGUUGCUUCUUCGUGUCCGAUAUGCCGCACCUGUGUAAGUAGUUGAGACGGUUGUAUUAAAAAAAUUGUCGCG